CUUUCUAACAUCCUCCCCUUCCAGCAGGCGGUGGGUUUUCAGUCGAGGGGGGACGCUGACAGGUGGACCAUCCUAGAGCCCCGUUUGAUCAGGGACUUUCUGCAGCUUCCUCGGCCGUGGGAAGACCAUGGCUCUCUCUAGGAUGUGUCGGGAGUCGUUGUUGGUGCUUUUAUUGCAAGUCGUGCUGAUUUGCUCGGCUCAGAGGGGCCUCGUCGGUCCCUCAGGGCCCUCAGGGCCCCCAGGGCCGCCCGGGAUGGCUGGUGUACCCGGCGUGGACGGCAUCGAUGGCGACAGAGGAGUAGACUCCAAGGUGACCGGUGGACCGGGCCCCGAUGGAGAAAACGGCAGAGACGGGGUUCCUGGAGCUCCAGGGCUUCCAGGGGCCGAUGGACCCGUCGGACCUCCAGGUAUUUCAGGACCAGUGGGAUCAAAAGGGUCAAAAGGGGAUCCUGGACCUCGUGGUCCGGCUGGAGAGCCUGGUGUAGGAGUUGAUGGGCUUGACGGUAUUCCUGGUACAGACGGGCUUCCAGGUGAACUGGGGAAAGCUGGACCUCCUGGAGCGAGAGGCAGAAGAGGACAAGUUGGUCUUCCUGGUCCCGUUGGCCCUCGGGGACCUCCAGCUGUUUAUCAAGGCGAGGACCCGUGCCCCAACGCCUGCCCCUCAGGCCUGACUGGAUACUCUGGUCUCCCUGGAAUGAAAGGCCACAAAGGGGCGAAGGGUGAAUCGGGGGAGCCCGGACGACAAGGACACAAGGGAGAGGAGGGUGAACAAGGACUUCCUGGUGAUGUUGGAGCUCAAGGACUACCAGGCUCAGGUGGACCAAGAGGCCUCCCAGGAAUCAUGGGCUCCAAAGGUGACAGGGGACCUCGUGGAAAGCCUGGUGAUUUGGGUCCACGUGGAAUCCAGGGAGCCCCAGGUGAUCCAGGACAAAGAGGAGCCAUAGGUGAGAUCGGGCCAGCGGGAGUAGCGGGCGACAGAGGACCUCCAGGAAUCAGAGGAGUACCGGGACCCAAAGGAGAGCCUGGACUUCCUGGUCCAGAUGCUCGCGAGGGAAUCCCUGGGCUGCCAGGGUCCAAGGGUCUUCCUGGAAAAAGUGGGGCUCCAGGUGAUGCUGGCCUACAGGGGCUUCCUGGUUUGCCGGGAGCUUAUGGACAGAAAGGACACAGUGGCGAGAAGGGUAUCACAGGAGUUCCAGGAGUCGUAGGGCUGAUGGGGUCUUCAGGGAAACAAGGCGAACGUGGCGAUCAGGGAGAGGUGGGACCUGUCGGACCCAGAGGAGGACCAGGUGAACGAGGUGAGAGAGGACCCGACGGGCCCCUAGGAUUACCAGGAGCCAGGGGAAGCAAAGGGAAUCCGGGCCUUCCAGGACUUCCCGGCCCCGCAGGUUAUCGUGGCCAGAAGGGAGACAGGGGUGCAGUUGGUCUCAACGGUCCAAAGGGAGAACAGGGACCGUCCGGAGCUGAAGGAACACCAGGAGACAGAGGAGACAUUGGUGAUGAAGGAGAACCCGGAGAGAAAGGAUCGUCAGGUCCACCAGGAGAGACAGGAAGCAAAGGACCUGAGGGAGGCAGGGGACAGCAGGGCAAAGAGGGCAAAGAUGGCCAACCAGGACCACGAGGCAUGCAGGGUGACAUGGGGGUCCCAGGUCUGCCUGGACCACAGGGACCAGCGGGAAAAUCACCAAGUGAUACACACAUUAAACAGGUCUGCAUGAGGGUAAUGCAAGAGCAGCUGGCCCAGCUAGCAGCCAGCCUGAGCCGGCCUGAGUCGGGCAUCUCUGGACUCCCCGGUCCCCCCGGCCCGCCUGGACCUCCAGGUCCCACCGGAGAGAACGGUUUCCCUGGCCACACCGGAUCUCGAGGUCUGCCUGGUCUGAAGGGUCCACCUGGGCUCAUGGGUCUCAAGGGGCCCAAAGGCGACCAUGGAGACAGAGGGGACAGAGGACUCACAACCAGAGGUCCCAAAGGGGAACCAGGAGUUCCUGGUCUACCAGGAAACCCCGGUCGAUCGGCUUACGGCAAAGACGGCCGCGACGGAGAGAGGGGACCCCGCGGCACUUCCGGUAUCCCCGGUAUUCCCGGGCCCCCAGGCACUCCUGGUCUGAACGGGUACUGUGAGUCGUCGCAGUGUGUCCUGCCCAUGGUGGCCUCACCGGUUUCAGCGAAGGACUCUGGGAUGAAGGGCCCUUCUGAGAUGUGAGGAGGGUCCUGAGCUGAGCAGGAGGAAAACUGAUAAGACUGGAAUCCCAAGAUUGAAGAUUUGGGUUUUUGUCAUUUGGUUUGUAUGUUUCUUUAGUUUUUUUUUUAUUCCGUCAACUCAUUUGCUUGGAACUACAUUACUUUUUUUUUUUUUUAACCUUCGACCCCAUGAUGGUGGUUAGAAACUGAAAUUAAAGGCGGACACUGAACAACACUCAUGAGCUUUUGAAACUCCUUUUACCUAAAAAGUUUCAAUUUACCUCAACGUUUGCCAUCUCUGUACUGUAAUUAAGAAGCAAUUAAGACCUUCCAGCCCCGUACGUGUCCAAACAGCAAGGCCAGUUUGUCUGUAUGUUUAUGUAAAUGUGUCAAUAUGCAAAUUAUACUGCUGGAUAACGUACUUUUGUUUGUGAGUAUCUGUUGUUUUUCCCACUUAAAAAAAAAAUACCCUCCUGUGCUUUUUUCCCCACCCCUCCUCUAAAUGUAGGAUAUGUUUCAUCGUCGUUUCUGUUGUUAUUGUGACUGGAGGGUGGCAAUGUGUGAAAACCUCUCUGGCAGUUUUAUAUGACUUCUUAUUUAUUAUACCAAGGUUGGACGCGACAUCUUCAAGUUGUACAAAAGAGGAAAUAAACACAUUUUGAUAACC